GCGAGGAAGGUGGUAGUUGCGCUAGUUCAGACACGCAGGUUAGAAGUUAUGAUAGUUAUUUAAAAUGUCCUGUCUACACGACGUUAAGUUAUUGAUAUUUUGUAAUAAUUUCACACAGAACGUUGCAACUGCCUGUCUACACCUGUCACAUCACGUGACGUUACCUCAGCGGUUUGUAUACCUGCGAUCAGAAACAUCGCGAGAUGGCUUUGGUCUGACGGUUUAAUGGUAUCAACAAAAUAACUUAUGAAAAUGAAUGUCAAAAUCAACACAUGUGAUGUUUAUUGCUCACACAGAUUCAGUUUCAACACAAUAUGGCAAUAUUUAGAUGCCCAUCUUCCAAGUCCUGAAACAUCAGACUGCUUUGUUUUCGUGCUGUUAUGCCAUUACCGAGUAAUGCACUCUCUCCAGGCCUUUGAAGAGAAGAUAGGUCCCUCGACGUCCCGCCUGCGUGUUUCACAUGACUGGCAUGGUUAUGUAGGUGUCUAAGCUCUUGGAAGGAACGAAAAAAGAAAUACCAUCCGAUAUCUAGUGGAUAAGGAAUACUUUGGCAGGAGUUUACAAACAGAUGCGGUCAGUCUGAGCAGUUGACCGUCGGUGGACGCAGCUCUUGUCCGCUGCUAUUUUUAGCCUCUGACUAAUGUCGUGGAUGAUGAGAGCCGUACCACUGUUCCUGCGUGAUGGUCUUCACAUAAUGCAAGAGCAUAUGGAAGGAGAGGACCAGACAUAAUUCCAUAGGAAUCGUCCCAGGCUGUGUUUGCUCUUUGGAGGUGAAGGUCUCGGGGAAGUGCAUCAUCAUGUUUAUGAGGAUCCAGGAAAGAGUCUACAAAAUCUGUUGUACUUUCUUCACCUCCAGACACAUUAAAAACGUGUUCCUGUGCGAUGCACACUCGGAGCUCUGAGAGCUGGCGACACGGAAUCAUUCCAGACAAACGGGAGGCUAAGUGCUCCUGACACAUAAAUCUCCCAAGAUGCGUCAUCAGAGAAGUUAAGGGCGGAGUAGUUAUUCCGCCACUGAGAUAUAAAUACCGUAUGAAUCUUUCCCACAAUUGCCUCAUCCAGCAUCGGUGGAUACAGUAGCUGACGUUGCAUCGUGUUCACAUCCCACUCUCGGAGGCGUGACCUCUCCACACAGUUCUCUGCGCCUCGUCUGAUUGGUGGAUGAUAGAUUAAUGUUCGUUAAAAAAAAGAGGAAGCCACUUGGACUGUGCUUUUCUGCCGGCAUUCCUGCCAUAUAUGAAAACGAGGCGGGGAGUGUCUGCGAGGCGGGGAAGAGGCUGAAAGUCCGCAGUCAUCUUUUGGGCCCCGGGCCCCUCACUCCCCCCAAGGUUUGGCCAUGUGAAAGCAGACUUUUGUGUGCCGAUCCCUGUUCCCACUGCUGAGGUGGACUUCAGCUGUUUUUCCUGGCAGACCUUGAACAAACACACAGCAGUUGCGAGUCCAGUCCCCCGUGUCAAACGCAUGACAAAUAGCUUCAUUUGACAUUAUUGGGGAAAGUAAAAGGAUUUAAUGAGCAUUCUGUUAAGAUCGAGAAGGGGGAAGUGUUUGGCGAAGUACGCAGUUAGCAGCUGUUAUCCAUGUGUCUUUGUGGGUCAUGGAUUCUGGGUUCAAAGGUCACCGUGACCCUGACAGAGGGAACGCGGUGAUGGGUAGCUUGAACUUCAUAACCGCUUCAUUGCUUUCUCUCGGAGAGCACACAAAGAAAUGUGAAUGUUUGGAUCAACAGUGAGUCUUUUGAGAAAGCAGAGAGCACGUUUUGGGGUCAAACGAGAGCUUGUGUACCACAACGCGUCAACUCCUGGUCUCUAUGCAACAGCUGAACUAAACAGACUGGAUCAGUUUAUCACAAGUCUUCCCUCUUAGGGAGGCCCAUAAUUUCUGCCCCUGUGAUGGACUUCCCUUUUUUUAUGUUUAUUGAACUUUAAACAAGCAUGACACCUGGAAAUAACCUGAAGUACUCAGCUAACACUUUUCUAAUCUUGUGUAUAUUUGAAAUGAGUCGUGUUCAGGUUGUAGAAAUCUUUCUUGGAUUCGGCUUGCGCGAGGACAACGUCCCACAAUUCCUCGGCCCAUCCCAGCGUUCCCAGAGGAAGUCUCUGCAUACAGAACAUUCUCCAUUCAGAUUCUAGUGUGCCUGGAGAACAGUGCGGUGCGAGCAGGGCGGAGAUGCUCCCUCAACAAGAAUGGGACCACAAAAGAGGCGCCCGCGGAUCUCAGUCUUCGGGCACCAGUGUGACGGUGGACAUUGCGGUGAUGGGCGAGGCCCACGGGAUGAUCUCAGAUCUGCUGGCAGACCCCUCUCUCCCCCCCAACACGUGCAGCACCCUGCGGGCGGUAAGCAACCUGCUCAGCACCCAGCUCACCUUCCAACCGCUGCACCACCGGCUACGCCUCAGCCCCCUGCUAGCCUUCAGCGACGGUCACACCUGCUCUGACUCCGAGGAGGCUGUAGAGAAGGGAGAGAGGCUGGCCAUCCCAAAGCGUUUAAGACGGAGUUUGCCUCCGGGGCUUUUGAGAAGGAUUUCUUCCACGUGGACCACCACCACAUCAGCCACAGGCCUUCCCACCCUCGAACCCGCGCCGGUCAGGCGAGACCGCAGUGCCAGCAUCAAAGCGCCUCAUGAUGGCUCUUCCAGCAGUUUGUUGAACAGUGAUUCAUGGAAUAACGCUGUAACGCUCAACAUCUCCAAGAACAGGUCUAUGUCUGCGUCAUACACUGCCUCCACAACUAACCACAUCUAUAGCAAGAACCGAAGAGGUUUCCCUUCUUCCAACAUCUCGCCUCUGGCUUCACCAUGCCAAUCUCCUCCAGUCCAGGGCACUCCGGUGAACAGCCCGACCACCAAGAGCCCGUCGGUGGAGCUGCCCGACACAGAGCUUCCACAGGGAGAAGGCCUCACGACACGGAGCUCCCACAAAGGCUUAACCCACAGUCAGAGCGCUCCCAGCUCCAGUAGCACACACUGGGGACCGCCUCCACUCUGUAGCAGCUGUGGAAGACCGUACAGUAAGCUGAGACAGCGCGACGGAUCAAUAGAUGAAGGAGAAAGAAACCAACAGUCAGAAGAAGCAGUGAUCAUAUCAUCAGACUAUGACUUCACCUAUGAGACCAACCACAGUGACACCGGCAACUUUGCACAGGAUAAGGAAGAGGAGGGUCACAGGAAACCCUUCAACGCCCCGGUCCCAUGCGGGAUGUACCCGCCUCAGGCACUUGCACUGUCCACCCGUAUACCACCAGAGGAUAAACUCAUUCUGGCCCCACAGCCGUUGGUGAUGGAGGGACUCGAACCCCUCAUGAGCCAGAUCAACAACUGGAACUUCCCCAUCUUCAGCCUGGUGGAGAAAACCAACGGCAGAUGUGGCUGCAUUCUCAGCCAGGUGUCCUACCGGCUGUUUGUUGAUACAGGACUGUUUGAGACGUUCAAGAUUCCAGUGAGAGAGUUUAUGAACUAUUUUCACGCACUGGAGAACGGAUACAGACACAUCCCAUAUCAUAACAGAAUUCAUGCAACAGACGUCCUCCAUGCUGUUUGGUACCUCACCACCCAGCCUGUGCCUGGACUACCCACCCUGACCCGCGUUCAGGGGUCACUCUGUGAUUCGGACUGUGACAGCGGCCUGGCUCAUGAACGCACAAAUUACCUGAUGUCCAACACGUAUCCUUUAGAGGAAGAGGGCUACGGCUGUUUAUCCGGACUCAUCCCUGCCCUUGAACUCAUGGCUCUUUAUGUAGCAGCGGCCAUGCACGAUUACGACCACCCUGGACGGACAAACGCCUUCCUGGUGGCCACCAGCGCUCCACAGGCUGUGCUUUACAAUGAUCGCUCAGUGCUGGAGAACCACCACGCAGCCUCCGCCUGGAAUCUCUUCAUGUCACGGCCUGAGUACAACUUUUUGGUCAGCCUGGACCACAUGGAUUUCAAACGCUUCCGCUUCCUGGUCAUCGAGGCCAUCCUUGCCACCGAUCUGAAGAAGCACUUUGACUUUCUGGCUGAAUUUAAUGCCAAGGUGGGAGACGACGGUUGCUCCGGUAUCGACUGGAACAAUGAGAACGACCGACUCCUGGUGUGUCAGAUGUGCAUUAAGCUAGCGGACGUAAACGGUCCAUUAAAAUGCAAAGACCUUCAUCUGCAGUGGACAGAGGGCAUUGUCAAUGAGUUCUACGAGCAGGGUGACGAAGAAUCCAGCCUAGGCCUUCCCAUCAGCCCCUUCAUGGAUCGCUCAGCACCUCAGCUGGCCAAACUACAGGAGUCUUUCAUCACACACAUUGUAGGACCUUUGUGCAGCUCGUACGACUCAGCUGCCCUAAUGCCUGGCCACUGGGUCGACCCUUUACCCGAAGAGGGCAUGGAUGCCGAAGAAGAGACAGAUGACGAAGACGAUGAGGACACACCAGAGGAAGACUCCUCCACCAGUUCAGAACUGUCCCAGAAACCAGCACCCAAGAAACGCAGGAAAGUUUUCUGCCAGAUCACCCAUCACCUGCUGGAGAACCACGAGAUGUGGAAGAAAGUUAUUGCUGAAGAGUCUCCAUGCCAAAUAGAAGAGGAGGAGUCCACAGGCCUCAGCAACAGCCCGGAGCCGAUCGACGAAGAAGAGGAGGAGCCGGGGAGCAAAGAGGUGCCAAUAAAGGACCAGGAGCUAGACACUAUGGAGGAGGCGGAGCCAGGAGAGGAGGAGUGUCCUCCACCUGAAGAGACAAACGAAGAACAGGCGGAGGAAGCAGAUGGCGAGACUCUACAGGAACUGGAGGAUUCUGUGAAGUCAGACUCAGCAACCAUACGAGUAGAUGAAGAGCUGGUGGCAAAACAGGAGGAAACGGAAGAAGAAAAUACAGACGAGCAUCCACAAUGAAUCACUUGCCAUUUUUAGACUGGAACAUUGUCUGAAAGCUUUUUAUUGGCAAGCGAAACACCUAGGAAAUGGUUGCCAGCACAUCACUUAGACACAACACUGUAGAUGCUUGGGGAACAUGUGCCUAAAGGAAACAGGGUGGGGGGAUCGGGGUCUACAGAUGGAGGGUUUUAAUAACAAUGAUUUAUGGGAGGAUAGACACCAACGAAAUAAGGGUUUGCCAGGACAUUCUGGUGUUUCCUACGUUUCUAGACAUUAGACAUCGGUCAGUUUUGGUUUCCGGCGAUUCCUCCCCAUCUGCACCUUAAUAGAGAACUGCCAACCCACACGAGUUCUCCCAAACAAGCAUUCCGGAGGGAACAAGAAAUCAAUCCACCACGAGUCUCCUAGAGGGCAUUUCGGCUCACGUAUUCAUCCUCGACCAACGUAAAGAAACGUUCAGAAACAGCAUGCAUUCGUGAAACGCUACAUAAUGAUGACAAAGACAAACCACAUGUGUAACACUACAUUCCUGUGUCUGUGUCCUGCCAUUCUUUUCUUUUUGAGAGACUCUUCAAGGUCACAUUCUGCAACGUCCAUAUUCCAAACGCUUGCGUCCAUGUGCUCGUUCUGUUUCUGAAGGCGUUCUCUCCCCUCACCCGAACAUUUGGCAAUCCACAAGUCAACGGACUGAGAUUUUCUGUUUCUCAGGAUCAGACUGUUUUCUGAUAACCCCGUCAUUGGUUUUUACGGACUUUCUUGCAACUUUAUAAUCUUAGCGAUCUUGGUUCGUGACUUAAAGGGAAUCUUUGGUUCUUUUGUAAGGUGUGAUUUCUUCAAAACAUUAUUGGCCUUUUUUAGCAAAGUAGCCCAAUCGUUGUUUUGAAAAUCGAUAUUUGAUAUAUAUACACAAACAGUGCAGCGUCACUUAUUCGAGUUUAUUGCCUGAGAAGUUUUUAUUUUAAUGAUGAGGCAUGCAAUACUGCAUUAUUUCAUCCCUCUUGACAUAUCAUCCAUCAAUAUGUCAAAUGUUUCGGACAUCUUUUGCAUCUCUCUCUCUGUAAGCUUUUAUUCCUACAUUUACAUUUAAGCUUCUUAGCAAAUUUCGAUGAUCAAAGGCGCAGGCUGGAGCUCUCGGUCUGGAGGAGGGGCGACUGGAGAACCUCCAGCAUCCGAAUCGCCUUCAGUCACAUGUCGAACAAGGCCGCGGUCAGCUCCUCAUCCCCGUCUCUCUCUCAUGAACGCACGUAAAGACCAUGUGCCGCACAUGAGAUAUGGCCGCCAGUCGACACGGCUGUCCGCUCUCGUCUUUGAUGUGCUGAAAGAGGCAGAUUGCCAGUGACGGUAGUUUAGGCAGAGACUGGCGAGAUGAAACGCUUCUGCAGGCUUAAUCACCUCGUGUCCGACGUCUAAUCAGACCGAGUCCGAUGCCUUCGGUCUUUGUACCAUCACUUUGAAGGAGAGCCAAUUAAAAAUGUCUAGGUAGGAGGCGGCGGUCAUGUGCUUCACGUUUAUCUUUGAUAUGUCCCCUCUUGGUGCAGCCUUAAUAUUAUCAGGCAAUGUGGUGCAAUGUAGUUCAGCAAAUUAUUUAAGCAAUACUGACCCUAUCUGUCGAGCGUUUCUGAUGCACUCUCUUAGUUUUGUUGCCGUGUGAUAUCGCACGGCAUAAGUGUGCGUGCCAAAUAUGACUUCAAAAUCAUUCUUGAACUUUCCCCAAAGUGUGUAACGCUGCCGCUUUGUAGAAGCCGCUUUUUAACUCAUCUCAGUGGAGGAAAGAGAAUGCAAGAGCCAAGUCUGAAUGUGUUUUAUGUUUUUCAUUUUCUACUUGACUAUAUUUAAACAUUGUUAGAAAAUGUUAUUAAUAUAUGAAUAAAAUCAACUUUAAUGGAAAUAAAACACAUAAAUGGGUCAACGACGUAUAACGACCACGAUCGUUUUGUGUUACCAAUAAUACCAAUAAUUGUAUUAAAUUUAAAAUACAACAUAUCUUAUUUUUGUGGCUGAAAUAUGAUUCUCUGAGACAGUAUGCUUAAGUGAAUGGUAUUUUUAAAACAUUUUGUUAAUUUUAGAAGUAAAAAUUGUAGAACAAAGGAGAAGCUUACUUGCCAAAACUCAAAGAAAUACAAAUCAACUUCUUUAAAUACCAAAGAUUUGUUAAAACAUGUUAAGCCUGUCACAGAAAUGAAAUAAUUUUAAGAUAAAUCAUGGUCACACCACAUGACAUUUUUUAAGGCCACGGCCAACUCAUCGGGGAAAAAAACACUAAACUCAAUUUAAACAUUUUACCUGCAUUUAUGUGUAAACCACAUUUUUUAUGUUUGAGUCACUGCAAUAGAUAUUAUUUUUAAAUUGCCAUGUAGAAAAUCCUUAUACGCCAUUGACCUAAAUAGAUGAAUGAAUACAAAGUCAACUUGAUAAUUAUGUAAUUCUUUAUUCAUGUUAUUUAAAAAGAUGAAAAGCUCUUGUCAUGACCUGUGGAAUUAUCCCUUGACUCUGUUUAAUAGGCUGAUUAGGGUUCAGGACUUUAUUGUUUCUGAUUGAAUGUGAUUGGGGUGUGUAUGUGAUUGUGUGCUUGUGUGUGUGUGUGUGUGUGUGUGUGUGUGUGUGUGUGUGUUGGCCUGGCAGCAGUUUCUCCAUCCUCCACUGUGCCUCUCAUUGGUCUGUCUUUGACUCCGAAUAUUUUUCUAUCCAGUACGGCUCCCAGAUUCAUAAUUGUGUAUUUAUCACUAAAUCGUUCCUCACAAACCACAUACCUUUAAAACGUAAAACACAGUGUGUACAGUUUAUCGGAAAAAUCUCAGCAGGUAUGCCACAAAUCCAUUACGCCAUACAUGAUAACUUGUGAUGUUCUGUCUGAUGUCCCCGAUUCAUCCAUCCAUGAUCUUUUCCAUUUACUUUCACAAUUGACAGUUUGACUCGCACAUCAAUUUCAAGCGGACGUGAGCACGUAAGGUUACACCUCAUCCAAGAAGAUUUUUGUUAUUUUCUCCUUAUAGUAUUUCCUGCUCUGUUGUCUUCAUCCGUACGGGUUUGACACGUACGUGUUUCAUUCACCUUGGGAACCAAACAAGCUUUAUUACUCUCUGAUAAAGAGAUCCAAAACUUUUUUAUAUAGUUGGCACUUCACCGACGAAAUAAUUAUUUUUCUUCUCACUUGUAUCUUGCACUUAACACAUGUAGCAAUACCUAUAGAACGGGGAACUGUGUCAAUCACCAGUAUUCGUAAAUAUUCGUUUUAAUGCUGAUUGUUGUUCCAUUUUGUACAAAACGUGUACAGGAUAAAGAUGAAAUAAUACAAAAACAACGCCAAAAAAAAGGGACGAAGAGGAUGAAAGCGACAACGGAAGUCUUUUAGAUAAACAUUAUUUAUUUUUACUGUUUUGUAAUUUAGACACUAUACUGUAGCUCCUCUAUUGCCAGGCUUACUGGAAGUGCCUCUUGGUAUAAUGUAACAUACAGAAAAUAUAUAUUGAGAUUAUUAGAAUCUGUCACAAAAUGAACAUUGUGGAUGUUGUAAUGUGAAUACAGUUUAAUAAUAUGAGUGAAGUUCUGUGGUA